AAGGAAAAUGGAGGAUGUGUACAAUGAACUAGAUUCUGUCAAAGCUGAGCUAGAGAGGCUCAAGGCAGAGUUUCAAAUCAAGACAGAACUAUCUGAGAGCUUGAAGAAAGCCAACAGUGAGCAGUUACUCAAGUUUAAAGAAGCUAAACAGCAGAUUGAGAAACAAUCCGAAGAAAUAAAGGCCAAGUGUGAGGAAAUUGCUGAAGCAAGAAAACUUUCUGAGAAGCUUGAAUCUUGUUUGCAAGAAAAGGAAUUCUUUCUUAGGCAUUUGGGUUCUGUGAAUGAGAGAGUCAAAGAUGAUUUGGAGCAGAGAUUGAGAACUUUGGAAGGAGAAAAUAGAGAUUUGGUUAUUGCUUUAGAUGAAGCAACAGCUAGAAACAAAGAAUUGGAGCGGGAUGUGUGUGCGAGUAAGGAGCAGAUUGAGGGCCUUAAAAGCCUUUUAUCUGUUACAGAGAAGAAGUGUUCGGAAGCUGAGCAAAUGUCCCAAGGAGCCAAAGAGUUGAGGCAGAAAGAUGAGGUGAUAGUUAAACUAGAGGAGGAAAAGGCAAAUUUUCAGGAUCAAUUGAAGUGGAAGAAGGAACAAUUUAAACAUCUUGAAGAAGCUCACAAAAGGCUCCAAGACCAGUUUCAGACGAGCAAGGAGGAUUGGGAGAGGGGAAAAUCAGCAUUGAUUGAAAAGGCUUCUUCAUUGGAGAAAAGGCUGGAUUCUCAAACUAGAAUUGCGGAAAGUCUUCAAUCCCGUUUGGAGAUGUGCAACCACGCAUUAGCUCAUGAAGAAAGCAAGAGGAAAUCUUUGGAGGUUCAAGUGUCUGAUUUUGAGUCUUGUUUUGAGAAUGUCUUUGCCCAGUUUCAGGAAGAAAAGUCAGAGUACCAAAGACUAAUUGUUCAAAGAAUUGAAGAGAUUGCAAAAAUGCGAAGUACAUUGGGAAUGAAUGAGACUCUUGCAAAAGAAAUGGAAUUCAAAAUUGUGCACCUUGAGCAAGAUAAUCGGGAACUAAUGGUAACUCUUAAAGAACUUCACGAGGCUCAGAAUAGAAAUGGUGGAGCCACUUUUUCUGCAAAACUGAAUAACAAGCUUAGACGCUUAGAACAGGUUCACAGUGAGUGCUCUGCAAAGCUGAUAGAAAAAGAAUCUGAAUUGCUUUCUCAGAUAGAGAAGAUCAAAGGAGAUGUGGAUAGUUACAAAUCUGAAUUGGAGGGUAAAGAGGAAGAAAUAAAGAAGCUUCAGAUGGAGGUUGAAAGUUCUCAUUCUACAAUUCGGCUUUUAAAUGAAGAGAUUUCAUUAAUACUAGAAGUCUUUAAAUCAGAACUGUCUGAGGCCUACUAUACAACAUAUAAUGUGAAAGAUGAAAUGGAGCUGUUCAACAAUGAGAAGGAAGAAAAGAUUUCUCUGCUCAUAGCCAAGUUGGAGACGAGUUUAAGUGCUCUAGAUAUUGCUCAACUUGAACUCGAGGAAGAACGCAAUAAAGUAGAAGGCUUUACAGAGAGGGUAAAAUCAUUUGAAUUUAUGAAGCAACAAUGGCUUCUCACAGAGAAAGAGCUUGAAAAACACAAAACCUUGCUUGACGAAUCUACUGGGGCACAAGUUAACUUGCAAAAGGAACUUCAGAUGGAAAGUACACUCAACAAUAAGGAACUUCAGAUGGAAAGUACACUCAACAAUGGGAAAGAACACCUUCUGGGAAAUGAGAAGACGCAAAUUUUUAAGAAUGAGAGGGAAAACCUUAUCUGCAUAAUCGAAGAGAAUGUCAGAAAACAUGAAGAUCUGCAGCUGCAAAUUGAAGAUCUAGAAUCUAGAUUGGCAGAAAAAGCAGAGGACAUGGAAGCUUGCCUACAAGACAAAGAGAACUUAGUCCAAACUGUGAAGGAAAAGGAUAUUUGCAUUGACAGUCUGCAAAAAGACAUUGCUAUGCUGAAGGAGUUGAGAACUAGAGAAUUAGAAGCUGUAACCAUCGCUCGGUUGGUUGUAGAAAGAGCUUUUAUGGAAGAAAAAGAGAUGCUUUUAAAGUUCAUUGAUGAGAAAGAGCAGACGAUAACAAAUCUCAAGGCACUGGCAACCUCACUAGAGCAAGAAUUGACAAGUGCAGUUAUGUCCUCCUUUACAAAUGUCAUAGAAAACCAGGUGAGGAUUGAUGCGCUUUCUGAAGGUUUAGAUAGGGGGAAGUCAGUCACAUAUCUAGAGAUAGAAGAGAAGAACAAGUUGAUUAUUCAUUUGGAACAAGAACUACGCAGUUUGCGCCAGAGAUUGACAAGUUCCGAGGAAUCCUUCUUUUCCCUGAAACAAGAAGUAGAGCAGCUUCAAGCAUUAGUGAAAACCAAAAAACUGGAAACCGAAAACAUGAUGGAUGAGCAAAGGAGAAUGGAUGGGAUAUUGAAAGAGCUUGAGUUCAAUAAAGGCGUUCUUCUUCAAGACAUCAUGAAGUUGUCAACAGAAAGGGAAAACUUAUUGGUUUAUAUUCAGAAAGUCUGCGAUCACAUUGGCAAGUUUUUGAGCGACGAUGUUGAAAUGAUGAAAGUUCUAGGGAAAAUUUUUCCCAGGCCUGAAGAAGAGACUGAACCAACUAUGGAUGGGCACAAUGAGCUCUAUGAUUCUACUGGAGAGAAUGUUGAUACUUCUUUUUUGGCCACAACUAAGAAACUUGAAGCAAAUAAAGAUGAAAGGUUGCCAUUGAAAGAGCUCAACCAGAGGCAGAUAUAAUUGAAGGGGGCAUUUUCAUG